AGCACGUUCAGCGACCAAUCGGUGCUUGGGGAAGUGUCCCGAGCGCAUAGCCUAUUGGCUGCUCGAAGAUUCUGCGCCACACCCACAGUCGCUCUCUGCGCUUUCGUGCUAGAGACAGCUAGAAGCUUUCUGAGAUCCCCCGGCUGGAGGGUGUCUCCUGUUUUGCAGUUUAUACCUCGGAGCUUUGAGCUGGUGUGUUGGCCAGCGUUGUGCUGUGCCGUCUCCACCACCGCCCCCGACAAACGCACGUAGUGUGUGUACAUCGUAAAGACGUUUCCUCCUGCCUUCCCGUUCAUCGCACCCAGGGCGAGCAGCGUUGUGUUUAUGUCUUUAUUGGACGAAAACGAGCUGUUGCGCAGCCAUUGGUACCUGUAUUGGGGGAACAUAGCAUACAAGCAAGACGCUUGCAGCCUCGGUGGCGAAAUUAUUUUCAUGUCAGAGACCGAGAACUCUUGCAGUCGUUUAUGUCAUCCAGUCUUCUCCAGACAGAAGAUACCAAAAAGUUGCAAUCCAAGACAAUUUCCUCUUACUGAAAGAGCUAAUAAUAAACCAAAAUGUCUGUCAAUGUCAACCGAAGUGUUUCCGAUCAGUUCUAUCGGUACAAAAUGCCCCGUUUGAUUGCCAAGGUAGAGGGCAAAGGAAAUGGAAUAAAGACAGUAAUAGUCAACAUGGUUGAUGUUGCAAAGGCGCUUAAUCGGCCUCCAACCUAUCCCACCAAAUAUUUUGGUUGUGAGCUGGGAGCACAGACCCAGUUUGAUGUUAAGAAUGACCGUUUCAUUGUCAAUGGAUCUCACGAGGCAAAUAAACUGCAAGAUAUGUUGGAUGGAUUUAUUAAAAAGUUUGUUCUGUGUCCUGAAUGUGACAAUCCUGAAACUGAUCUGCAUGUCAAUCCCAAGAAGCAAACAAUAGGCAAUUCCUGUAAAGCCUGUGGCUACCGAGGCAUGCUGGACACUAAACAUAAGCUCUGUACAUUCAUACUCAAAAAUCCACCAGAGAAUGUAGACAGCAAUGCAGGAAAAAGGGAAAAGGACAAGAAAAACAGAAAGGGCAAAGAGAAAGAAAAUGGUUCUGCAGCAAACGAGUCCCAAGAUCUAACAGAGCUCAGUCCUCCACGUAGGGAUGCAGAUGAGGAAGAUGAUGAUGAAGACUGGGGAGAGGAUACAACAGCAGAGGCUCAGAGACGCAGAAUGGAAGAAAUAAGCGAUCAUGCAAAAAAUCUUACUCUUAGUGAAGACUUGGAAAAACCUAUUGAACACAGAGUUAACGUAUUAUUUGACUUUGUUAAGAAAAAGAAGGAAGAGGGUGUAAUUGAUUCCUCUGAUAAGGACAUUUUGGCUGAAGCUGAAAGGCUUGAUGUUAAAGCAAUGGGACCUUUGGUUUUAUCUGAAGUUCUUUUUGAUGACAAGAUCAGAGAACAGAUCAAGAAAUACAGGCGUCAUUUCCUCCGGUUUUGCCACAACAACAAAAAAGCACAGAAGUACCUACUACAUGGAUUUGAGUGCGUUGUAGAUAUACACCAGUCACACCUUCUUUCAAAAAUACCACAUAUCUUGAAGGAAAUGUAUGAUGCAGAUCUCCUUGAAGAGGAGGUUAUAGUCAGCUGGGCCGACAAGCCUUCAAAAAAGUAUGUUUCUAAAGAACUUGCCAAAGAUAUACGUGCAAAAGCAGACCCAUUCAUCAAAUGGCUCAAGGAGGCUGAAGAAGAGUCUUCUGGUGGUGAGGAGGAGGAUGAGGAAGAUGAUGAGAAUAUAGAGGUUGUAUAUUCAAAGACUGUAAGCGUUCCUAAAGUGGAGACUGUAAAGUCGCCUGUUGAUAAAGAUGACGACAUUGAUAUUGAUGCCAUUUAGCGUGAAUAAUCUUAAAGCAUUGGUUCAGUGUAUGCUUCUGCAUUUUAUGCAACAUGUUUAUGUGAUGGCUUAACACCGUGCUACAAUUUUUUUUUUUUUUGCUGAAAAUAUUUCUACUACAUCAGUCUCCAGUCACGGUUAUUAAAAAGGGUGCAUACGGAAUUGAACAGACUUAGUUUUGUCCUAAGCAUUUAAUUCUUUUUAAAUUUAGUGUUUGGUGCACAUUGAUACAGUUGUGAAUAAAGUUUUUUUUGGGCUUUUUUGGUUCAUUGCAGUUCUGAUUCAUUUACAUGCUGUAAAUUUGUCUGAACCUUGAAAAUACAUAUACAAAUGGCUGAACUUGCUUUACUAGUCUCUCCAAUAAACCUGGCUUAAUUUUUUUUUUUAAUACCAUAACUGGCCGCUGAGAACUUCUUAUAAUGGCAUUCUGUUAAUUUUGAAAGCAAUGAAAAUGUCAUGUAAAUAUUUCCAAACUAUGCAAUAAGUCUUAACUGAUUUAUUUAAAAAUGUUCAGAAUUGCAGCCCCUAACUUUUAUAUUGUUACCAGUGGCAUUUAUCAUAAAUAUUAGACUUUUUCUUUUUGUAGUCUCUCUGGUGGCCAGUGCUUCCCGCUGACAACAAUUGUAACCAGUGAAUUACUGUUCCACGUGUUUUAUGUGUUAAAAUAUAUGCAAUUGAAGCCCUUUAAAAAGAAACAUGCUUGCUUUUUGUGCUGAAGCACUAUGGGGGGGGGUUGGCAUACAAGGUGCAGCCCGGCAAUUUUUUUAUAUAUAUAUAUAUAUAUAUAUAUGAAAUACAUCUGUCACUAGGCAAAACAGAGCACAUUUAGUUUAUUCCUGCUGGCUUUGGACAAUUGGGGUAGAUUUCUAGCAUUUGUGUACUUUCCAUGCAAUGACAAAAUGUCUUCAUGUGGCUUUUCCCCUAAUCAAAUUGUACCCAAGUCCACCAGUUGGUAAUGUAGUUAUAAGCAGCCUGGAUGUAUACCUUAUGUCCAAUAAUUUUUUUUUUUAAUGAGA